AUGACGGUCGAUAAAGAUAAACUUUCCCCAGAGGAGAAAGUUAAAUUCGAAAGUGGCUGGCAGAGUAACGCAUUUAAUCAAUACGCCAGUGACCUGAUGUCGCUACACCGGACACUGCCUGACGUUAGAGAUGAUGAAUGCAAGACCAGAAAGUACAAUCCCGUUCUUCCGCCUGCCAGCGUUAUAAUAAUCUUCCACAACGAGGCCUGGACCGUCCUACUAAGGACAGUCCACAGCGUCCUAGACAGGAGUCCGCCGGAGUUAGUGAAAGAGGUCAUACUGGUCGAUGACUUUUCAGAUCUGCCUCACUUGAAAGAACCAUUAGAUGAAUAUAUGGCUAAACUGAAGAAGGUAAAGAUAAUGAGGGGGGAGAGUAGGGAGGGGUUGAUCAGGGCCCGCUUGAUUGGGGCCUCCGUGGCCUCUGCCCCCAUUCUAAUAUUCCUCGACUCCCAUUGCGAAUGUACUACUGGUUGGUUGGAGCCGCUACUAGACAGGAUUGCAGAAAACAGAUCCAACGUUGUAGCUCCUAUCAUUGACGUCAUAAAUGACAACACACUAAAGUAUAUUUGGUCGAGUGCAAAAACCACGAGCAUCGGUGGCUUCGAUUGGAACCUGCAGUUUAACUGGCACCAGAUACCACAGAGGGAGAUUAAUAGGAGGAAGUCCGCGGUCGACCCUGUGGAGAGUCCCACGAUGGCAGGUGGCUUGUUUGGCAUAAGUAAAGAGUACUUUGAAUACUUGGGGAGGUACGACCCCGGUAUGGACAUCUGGGGGGGAGAGAAUCUCGAGCUAUCUUUCAGGGUGUGGAUGUGUGGCGGUCGACUUGAGCAAGUGAUGUGCAGUCACGUGGGCCACAUUUUCAGGCACAGAAGCCCAUACGCCUGGAGGACAGGCACAAACGUAGUUAAGAAGAAUUCAAUUAGGUUGGCCGAAGUGUGGAUGGAUGAAUACAAGAAAUAUUAUUACGAGAGAUUAAAUUACGAUAUGGGCGACUAUGGAGACGUGACAGCCAGGAAAGAGUUGAGGAAAAAACUGAAAUGCAAGUCCUUCGACUGGUACCUCAAGAAUAUCUUCCCGGAAUUAUUCGUCCCCGGAGAAGCCCUGGCCUCCGGAGAAGUGAGAAACAAGGUGAAUGGCAAAACUGGCGGCAUGACGAAUUUGAGCCCUGCCUGUUUGGACAGUUCAGUGGAUAAGAACGCCCACCACAAGCCAAUCAAACUGUGGCCCUGCCAUAACCAGGGUGGCAAUCAGUACUGGAUGCUGAGCAAGGCAGGCGAGAUAAGGAGAGACGAGGGCUGCGUUGACUACGCUGGGGACAUCAUAAUGAUCUACCCCUGCCACGGGAUGAAGGGCAAUCAAGAGUGGGAGUAUCAAGCGGACAACACGUUACGUCACGUGAACACAAACAAGUGCCUGACCUUGACCUCUGACCUGACGAACGUCACCAUGGAGUACUGCCAGGGUAUAGAUAGACAGAUCUGGUUCUGGAAGAGAAAAACGAAUGAAGGAUCGACAGAUGGUAAGAAUAAGGAAGAAAGUAAAAAUGAAGGAAUGAAGACCAAUGGUAAUAAUAAUAAUUAUAAUAAUAAUAAUGAAAAACCAGCUCUUUAUAAGCCAACGGUUUUUUCCGAGAAACGUGAUAAUGAUGAUGAAAAAAAGAAUAAUAAGAAUAAGAUGACAGCCAUGCCAAAUGAGUUUAAGAAAUUCUAUUCAACAACCUUACCUAGAAAUAUUGCUAGGUAG